AUGGUCACGCCUGGAGUUUCGCUGGCUGCAGGAGCUGUUUCAGGAGGCAUAGAAGCCACUAUCACAUAUCCCUUUGAAUUCGCCAAGACGUUGGCACAGCUCAGUGCCAGGCAAGCUGUCAGCGGCACGACCAGCAUCUCUCGCUCUCCAUUUGCCGAGAUUUCCCAAGCUGUUCGCCAUGGUGGUUUCGGGGCAAUCUACACCGGCUGUUCGUCAUUGAUUGUCGGCACCGCAUGCAAAGCCGGUGUACGCUUUCUUUCCUUUGACACUAUAAAGAACCAACUCGUCGACUCCAACGGCAAGCUCUCGCCCGGGUACGCUAUCCUCGCCGGUAUGAUUGCGGGAGCUGUUGAGAGUGUCACUGUCGUAACGCCAACCGAGCGCAUCAAGACCGCUCUGAUUGACGACGCGAGAUCUCCCAACCGACGGCUCAACAACGGUUUCCAUGCUUUACGCGUCAUUGUCGCUGAACGAGGUAUCCGUGAACUCUAUCGCGGUCUCUUAUCUACCACGGUCAAGCAAUCAGCCACCUCAGGCGUACGCAUGGGAUCUUAUAAUAUCAUCAAGCAACUUGUGCCGUCAGAUAAAAAAGGACCUGUAGUUACUUUUGGGAUCGGUGCUACGGCCGGGGUCAUUACAGUCUACGCGACUCAGCCGUUUGACACGAUCAAAACAAGAACUCAGGGUACUAAAGGUGCUACAACAGUAGAAGCAUUCCGGCAGGUUCUUCGCGAUGGCGGCAUCAGGGGGUUCUGGAGCGGUAGUUCCAUGAGACUGGGGAGAUUGAUUCUCAGUGGCGGCAUUGUAUUCACGGCAUAUGAGAACGUGGCGUCAUUGCUUAUGGGCCUGAAGCGAUAA